ACAGUCUGAUCUAAUCAUGAUCAUCUGAUGGUGAAUAAGGAUCCACUACAGAGACUCACAGUCAACAGAAUCAACAGACUGAAGAUACAGUGACUUCACUGUUAUAAAUUAAGACUUCAUUUAGAUUUCAACGAUCCUCUGACAGACCUGAUGAGGUGGCAGUGAAGCACCUUUUAUUUCAGAGCAGCAAAUUACAGUUUCUCAUUCAUUGAUUAACCAUUUUAUUUGUAUAAAUGCACUGUAUAAAUUCAAAAAGUUACAGAGAAAAUAUAGAGCCUGAAUAUAUUUGUGUUUGUGUUUUACCAGCAGAGGGAGACAAAGACAAAUGAAAGAUUAAUUUUUCAUGAUUAUGGAGAGAGAGAGAAAAAAACAGUUCAAUCUCACUUUUGGAAUACAAACAAUAGUUGUAUUAUAGUUAUACUUGUAUUACAUUUGUAUUAAUGUAUUUAGUAUGUCUUUUUUUUAAAAUAAUAAAUGGUGGUAGCAUUCAUUAAAGCGUUGACUCAUAGGCACAAUAUGUGGGAUUAUUGGAUUAAAAUAUGAUAUCCAAAAACCACUAGAACAGUGUUAUAUAUUUUGUUGACUUGUGUACUUACAUUAUCCCAGAUGUUUCCAAGAAUGUUUAAAUCCAGAGAAAUAAGUAAUUUUAACCAGGACACGGACCGUUAUGGAGGACCAGGAGUGCCACUUAAAAAUAAAACGAAGAAUCAAUUAAUUAAUUUAAUAAUUAAUAAGUUGUUUAUUUAAUUCCUGUUUUUAAAUGUAGUUUAAUAAAACAAUAAAACAAUAAAUUUAAAAAAUGGUUUUCUAUAUACAAAUAGACGAAUUUGAAACGGGUUAUUUAAUUCAUUUUUUAAAACGUAGAUCAAUAAAACAAUAAAAAGUACAUUAGUAAAUCAUUUUAAAUGCGCAUUUAAAUCGCUUUUUUAAAAAGAAUUUGGCAAAUGCUUUUUUCUCUCUAUUUACCAAAUGCUUUUCUUUAUCCAUUUGUCAAUCGAGUGGUAAAAUGCCAUUGGACAGUACACACGUGGGAGCAACCAAUCAACUUUCGCCUCAAUUUGAAGAGCCAACCCUCUCUCAUUGGACAGUGAGAAAAACUAUACGACUUGUAUUUUGUUUUUUUUUGUUUUUUUACUAUUACAGUUUUGAUUUUGAAACUUACCUAUAUUAUUUUAGGCUAUAGAUGAGAGACGAGCGCGAAUAGCGAGUUUACCUGAACUUUCUCAUGGUGUGCCAUUAAAAGUAAAAUAUCCAAGUGGCUUGAUGAGGACUAGGACAUUUGUUUUAAGUGAUUCAAUUCAGGCACUGUUUGACUUCGUUGGAGAGGUGGAGGAUGCUACAGAAUGGUUCCAUAUUCAGGAAGCCUUAUCACCACCACUUAGAAAUGACCUAUGUGGAACCAUUUCUGAAAGAAAUAUCACAGGACCAACCACACUGUUUGUCCAGUGGAUUUCUUCCAAAGAUGCAGAGUUUAUGCAGACAAUUCCUACACCUAAUGGCAAUGACAACCAUGAUAAAGAUGAUUAUAAUUCUGGGACUGUCAGCCCAUUGGAUCAACCUAGCACCUCUAAUGAACAUCUGACAUCGUUCUCCCCUCAAUCAGAGCAGGAAAAGACUGUCCAGAAGACCAACCUCCAAACAAUACUGAGUCUCCUUUCAGCCAAGAUAGAUGAUGAUAGUCCCACUAGUAACCAGAUCAAUGUUGUAAGGGAUUACAAAGGCAAUACCCAUAACAUACUGAGAAGCACUGUUCAGGCUUUUAGUCGGCGACGAUUUAACCUCGGAGCAAGACUGGAUGUCAUUUUUGUUGAUGAUACAAAAGCAGCAGAGGGGGCUGUGGACGGUGGUGGUCCAACUAGAGAGUACCUCAGAUUGCUCCUUAAGGCUGUCCAACAGUCUAGCACAUUUGAGGGACUUGAAAAUAGUAAGAGGUUGCGGCUUGACACUGAAGAAAGGCUCUUUCUCCAGGUUUGUGGUAAACCCACCCCUCCUGCAACCUUGGAUGAAGUAGAUGAUGAGACCUUCAAAGAAAUGCUUUGCAAAAUAAAAGAAGCUGAAACUGUUCCAGAAGCCAAAGCUGCCAUUGAAAUGGCAGAAGAUUGCCUGUCCAUUAUUGGAGCCUUUAGGUCCAUUAGCACUCUUAAGCAGCGGGACAUGCUGGUACAGUCAGCUGUCGAGUAUUAUGCUGAUGGGAGAUGCAAUGCUGUACUACAACAGUAUGUAAUAUCAAAAAUCAAGACACCUAUAAGAGAGAACUAGAGACCAGGACCUUGUGCUUCUGGAGAGACUGGAUCAUUGAUGUUGAAGAUGGAGAAUGUUCACCAUUGACGUUGGAGAAUGUGCUGGAGUUUACUUCAGGGUCUUCAGCCAUUCCACCUCAUGGUUUUCUGCAGCAGCCCAACAUCGAAUUUCUCCAUGAUGCACCAGAGAAAAUAUUCCCAGAGGAAAACACUUGCAACAUUGUGUUAAAAUUGCCUAUCCAUCACAAUUAUGAGUCAUUCAAAACACACAUGAGCAAUGGCAUACUGUGGGCACCAACAUUUGGCACAGCAUAGUUCAACACAUUCGCAUUAAAGGAAUUGUUAAACCAUAAAUGAAACUUAGCCCAUAAUUUACUCACCCUCUUGCCAUCCUAGGUGUACGUC